AUGGAGAGUGACACACAGGGACUCAACCUGAAGAGAGGAGUGGGGAUUAUAGAAGCAGUUUCAUUCAUUGCUGGAACCAUGAUAGGAUCUGGGAUUUUCAUCUCCCCCCAGUAUGUCCUGUCUGCUAUCGGCAGCCCCGGGGCCAGCUUGCUUGUAUGGACUUUCUGUGGGUUGAUAGCCAUGAUGGGGGGGCUCUGCUAUGCUGAACUGGGAACAGUCAUAGCCGAGUCUGGAGGAGAGUUUAUCUACAUCCUGCGGACGGCAGGGAAAGUGAUGGCCUUUGUGUUUUCCUUCAGCUUCAUCAUUGUCAUGAGGCCUGCCAGUGCCACAGGAGUUGCUCUGAGUUUUGCUGAAUAUGUUGUGGCCCCCUUUUACAGCGGCUGCACCCCUUCACAACUGGUGGUGAAGUUCGUGGCUGCAGUAGCUAUCCUGUUGCUGACCUUAGUAAACUGUCUGAGCGUACGCUUGGCCAGCGGCAUCCAGGUUGUUUCCAUGGCAAUCAAAUUGCUGGCACUGGCCGUGAUCAUAUUGGGAGGUGUUGUGAUGCUUUUCCAGGGACAUACUAAGAACUUUGAUAACUCCUUUGAGGGAACAAAUGUCGAUACCAGCUCCAUUGGCAUUGCUUUCUAUCAGGGCAUGUGGUCCUAUGGUGGUUGGAAUACUUUGAAUUUUUUAACCGAAGAACUGAAACAUCCAGAAGUGAAUCUUCCCAGGGCGGUUGUGAUAGCCAUUUCUCUGGUGACGGGCUUAUACCUGCUGGUGAAUGUGAGCUACCUGACGGUAAUGACGCCUGAAGAGCUCAUGUCCUCCAGUGCUGUAGCAGUAACCUGGGGGAAUAAGAUGUUAGGACGCUGGGGCUGGAUCAUGUCUGUGGCUGCUGCAUUGUCUGCUUUUGGUUCACUGAAUGGGACGUUCUUCAGUGGAGGCCGUUUGUGCUUUGUUGCAGCCAGGGAAGGACACCUGCCCGAUAUUCUAGCCAUGGCUCACGUCCGCAGACUGACUCCAUCUCCAGCGCUGAUCUUCACCACUGUUGUCUCUCUGCUGGUGCUCAUCCCUGGAGACUUCCAGAGCAUUGUCAACUACUUCAGUUUCACUGCCUGGUUUUUCUACGGCAUCACGCUGUCUGGACUUCUCUAUCUCAAGAUUAAGAAGCCGGAGCUCCCCAGGCCGUACAAAGUACCCAUUAUACUCCCCAUCCUGGUCAUCAUCGUGGCAAUAUUCCUUGUGCUGGCACCCAUCAUAGACGAUCCUCAUAUUGAAUACCUCUAUGUGACUUUAUUUAUCAUCAGUGGAGCUAUAGUCUACAUACCUUUCAUCCAUUACAAGCUCUGCCCAGGGCUGUUGACCAAGUUAACAGUGAUUCUGCAGCUCUUUUUAGAGGUCGCCCCAACAGAGAAAAACCUGUGAUUUGUGUGGAAAAGUCCAGAAAUAAAAGGUGUUUUUCUAGUUUUAUUGCUUGUGCUUUUCCACUACAUCUGUUUCUUUGCAAUGACACUCACGAAAUGUUGCGGUUUACAUUUGUCUUUUUGCACACAUUUAUCUGAUGUUCUCAGUCAAUUCAGAGAGCACAUGUGAUUUUGCAACAAGAAGAAAGAAUGGUUGUAAAACAAGUUUCUACUUUAAUGUGUUUUCUUGAAUGAUAAAGACAUAUUCAUUUUUGGGGGAGCAAGAAGAGUUCUCAUCGACAGGGACCUGCACAUGAUAUCAAGCUUGUGCUGUGCUCCUAAUGCACUGAUACCAGAGUGCGAAAAGACUUCACAAACUAAAGAGGAGUCACAAUACUGCAGCUCCAAAGUGUCAGAAACAAAAACAACCAAAGAAUCAAACUGCAGCCUCCUUUGUCAUUAUAUAGUUUCUGUUUAAUAGAUCUGUAUGUUAACUAUGAUUUUAAU